UUUCAGUCUCUUAGAUGUUUCACUAAAUUGAGAGUGGAUUGGGCCUAUGUGAAGAUUGUGAAAUCAAGUCAUACAUACAAAUAUUCAAUGCAAGAUUGGAUAUGUAAAUAUGGUGUCUAAUGUCUAUGUACGCUAGUGAGGAAAUUCAGUGGACUCAUAAAAGAUAUUUUCAUGUUAUGAUUCGGAGUGAUGUAACAUAAUUAAAUGGUCUUGUUAGUCUCUUGGUAUGCCAUGUUGGCACAUAUAAGAUGGCUAUACAUUGGACAUGCCUUGCCAUUUCCAUUGGGCAACAAUGAUUUCUAGGUACUCUCAUAUUGAGAGCAGCUGUUCUAGUUUUACCAAUCGAGUGCAAAUUUGAGGAAGUACUGUGUUGGCACCAGUAGAAGGCGAUAGAAUGUUUAACAUCCAGUGAAGGCACAGUGUUUGACGGUGUUGCAAUUGUAGGAUUCUUGGGAAUCAAAAACCGAAGAUGGUGACAAUCAGUGGGUUAAGUGGAAGCCAUCUAGGUCCCUUUUUCUGUCUCUCUGGUGUACAUGUCCUUUCAUUCUCCUUUCUGGCCUAAAUACUGUCUUGUGCAUUUGUAGGUGCGAUUCAUCCCACCUGUAAUAAAUUUCCUCUUCGGAGUAAGAGCUGUAAGCAGACGAAAAAUAAUGAAUGCAAAGCUAUUGGGCUUGCCUGUGAUUUUAAGAACAAAAACUGGUUGUUUGGGUACCGGGCAUUGGAGGAACAAUCAUGUGGUGUCUGCAGCAAGAAAUAACCAUGCGUUAAGCUAUGACGAUGACCUAAACCCUGAACCCUUUUGGGCUAGUCUGAUCAAAGAAGUAGUGUGGUCUUUGAAGUCAUUAUUCACAUUUUUGGGCGAGCAACCUGGCCAGCUGAAGUACAUAGAAUGGCCGAGCUUUCAGAGCACGCUGAGGACCGCAACUCUUACGCUGAUUCUUGUGGCAUUGCUCAUCGUUGCACUAUCAUCAGUGGAUUCAGCCCUUUACUGCAUGUUGAACUGGUUUCUGAGGCGAUCUUCAUGACCAAUCCCCAAGCUCGUUUGUUGGUACUUCUAGCAUAUUCUUUGGAAAUGUCUAAGAGUAAUGGAAAAGACCUGUAUAUAACUUAACAAGUAGUGAGUUGAGGAGUCACGCAUUUUAUUUUAUAUUCUCUUUCGCUUAAAUUUGCCACUACGAUGGGCUUUGUGGCUUCAGUUCGAAACGCUGGAAACCAUAUUCACCCAGUCAUUCUUGGAUUAUGGCCGAUGCAAUGUCCAUCCUCCCUCUUUUCUGUUAGGGGCGGGAUGCAAAUCUCUCGAGCAACUGAAGUAUAAAUUAUGUUUCUCGAUCAAAAUUAAAGUGGAUUGGCAA